CCCUCCCCGCCUGCUCUGUGCCCCGCCGGGCGGGGACCGUGGGAGCCGCGGACAAGCCCAAGGCCGGAGCGGUUCCAGGAGGACCCUGGUCUUCACCUGUGGUUGCCAGGUAGGUGGAUGUGAGAGACCCAAUCCUCCUGGUGUUCUAGAGGCCAUCCCAUCGCCGCUGGCACAAUGCUGUCCCCUCAGAGAGCUUUACUCUGCAACCUCAACCACAUCCACCUCCAGCACGUCUCCCUGGGCCUGCACUUGUCCCGCCGUCCUGAGCUACGGGAGGGGCCCUUGAGCACACCCCCUCCCCCAGGAGACACUGGGGGCAAGGAGAGCAGGGGUCCCUGCAGUGGCACCUUGGUGGACGCCAAUUCCAACAGCCCAGCUGUGCCCUGCCGGUGCUGCCAAGAGCACAGUCCGGGCCUAGAAAACCGGCAGGACCCGUCACAGGAGGAAGAGGGGGCUGCCUCCCCCUCAGACCCAGGCUGCUCAUCCUCGCUCAGCUCCUGCUCAGAUCUUAGCCCCGAUGAGUCCCCUGUCUCUGUCUACUUGCGGGACCUCCCUGGUGAUGAGGAUGCCCACCCUCAGCCCAGUAUCAUCCCCCUGGAGCAGGGCUCCCCACUGGCUUCAGCAGGCCCUGGCACCUGCUCACCGGACAGCUUCUGCUGCUCUCCUGAUUCCUGCUCCGGAGCUACUUCUUCACCCGACCCUGGCCUGGACUCGAACUGCAAUGCCCUGACCACCUGCCAGGACCUCCCUUCCCCAGGCUUGGACGAAGAAGACGAGAGCGCGGAGCAGGAUCUCCCUACCUCGGAGCUCUUGGAGGUGGAUGACGGGAAAAUCGACGCUGGGAAAACGGAGCCCAGUUGGAAGAUUAACCCCAUUUGGAAAAUUGACACAGAGAAAACUAAAGCUGAAUGUAAAAUCACUGAAAACAAUAACACUGGUUGGAAAAACAACGGGAAUGUUAACUCUAGCUGGAAAAGUGAACCUGAAAAAUUUGACUCUGGUUGGAAAACCAACACAAGAAUAACUGAUUCUGGCUCGAAAACAGAUGCAGGGAAAAUUGAUGGAGGAUGGAGAAGUGACGUCAGCGAGGAGCCGGUGCCCCACCGGACAAUCACGUCCUUCCACGAGCUGGCCCAGAAGCGCAAGCGGGGCCCAGGGCUGCCCCUCGUCCCGCAGGCCAAGAAAGAUCGCAGUGACUGGCUCAUAGUCUUCUCCCCCGACACCGAGCUGCCCCCGUCGGGGUCGCUGGGCGGCUCCUCUGGACCUCCUCGGGAAGUCACCACCUUCAAGGAACUCCGGUCCCGAAGCCGGGCCCCACCCCCGCCAGUCCCGCCUCGAGACCCCCCAGCAGGCUGGGCUUUGGUCCCGCCCCGGCCCCCACCCCCACCUGUCCCUCCCCGAAGAAAGAAGAACCGACCAGGACUGCAGCCCAUAGCGGAAGGGCAGUCCGAGGAGAGCCGGGCUAUCAGCCCCGCAGCUGGUGAGGAGGCCCCAGCCGCGAAGGAGCCGAAGGAGCCGGGCGCGCAGGCCGGCCUGGAGGCCGGUCCCCUCCUGCUCCCUCCGCCCCUGGUUUUCCGGUUCUCGGCCGACGGGCGCCCCCUGUUGGAGGGUGGGGGCGCGGGCGCAGCUGGGUCUCUGCUCCUGGCGCCUCUGGCCGGGUGGCCCGGCGCCGGGCUGCGGCUGCUGGGGGCGCCGACCCCCCCAGAGGAACAGCUGCUGCCGAUCCGCCUGUCCCCAGUGGGAGCCUAUUCGCCUCCGACUCGGGGAGCCUUGCCCUGCCUGGCCAGCCCCGAGCUGGCACUGCUGCUAUCCCCGCUCUUUCCCAGAAGUAGCACCUUCCCCGCCGCGGCUCCCCCACCCCGCCAGGUACCCGCCCCCCCGCUGCCACCGCAACCUCGUCCGCCGAAGGCCCCUCGCUGGACCAGGAGCCCAUCGCCUCAGCCCAGGCUACUCCGUAGUUCGUGGUCGUUCGCCGGUGUCCCCGGGGCCCAGCGGCUGUGGAUGGCAGAAACCCAGAGUGGGACUGGUCAGCUGCAGGAGCAGAAGAAAGGUCUCCUGAUAGCUGUCAGCGCCUCCGUGGAUAAAAUCAUCUCGCAUUUCGGGGCCGCCCGGAAUUUGGUGCAGAAGGCCCAGUUGGGUGAUAGCCGGCUGAGCCCGGAUGUGGGGCACCUGGUGCUGACCACCCUCUGCCCGGCCCUCCAUGCCCUGGUGGCGGACGGGCUGAAGCCUUUCCGGAAGGACCUCAUCACCGGGCAGCGCAGGAGCAGCCCCUGGAGCGUGGUGGAGGCAUCGGUCAAGCCAGGCUCCAGCACCCGCUCCCUGGGAACCCUGUACAGCCAGGUCAGCCGUCUAGCUCCGCUGAGCAGCAGCCGUAGCCGCUUCCAUGCCUUUAUCCUGGGCCUCCUCAACACCAAGCAGUUGGAGCUGUGGUUUUCCAGCCUCCAGGAAGAUGCAGGCCUGCUCUCCCUCCUGUACCUGCCCACGGGAUUCUUCUCCCUGGCCCGCGGUGGCUGUCCCUCCCUGUCCACAGAGCUGCUACUCCUGCUGCAGCCAUUGUCAGUGCUCACCUUCCACCUGGACUUGCUCUUUGAGCACCACCACCACCUGCCCCUGGGCCCACCUCAGGCCCCUGCCCCUCCAGGCCCACCUCCGGCUCUGCAGCAGACUAUGCAGGCCAUGCUGCACUUGGGGGGCCGGCUGGCCCAGAGUCUUCGGGGGACUUCCAAGGAGGCUGCUCCAGACCCCUCAGACUCCCCAAACCUUCCCACACCAGGGAGCUGGUGGGAGCAGUUGACCCAGGCCUCCCGGGUCUAUGCCUCUGGGGGCACUGAGGGCUUCCCUCUUUCCCGAUGGGCACCGGGGCGUCAUGGGACUGGAGCUGAAGAAGGUGCACAGGAGAGACCCCUGCCCACAGAGGAAACGGCGCCAGGCAGGGGCCUUUGGCUGGGAAGGCUAUUUGGAGUGCCUGGGGGCACCACAGAAAAUGAGAGUGGAGCCCUCAAGUCCAGGAGACCAUCUAGCUGGCUGCCCCCAACAGUGAGCAUGUUGGCUCUUGUGAAGCGGGGGCCACCUCCCGAGACGCCUUCUCCUCAGGAGCUUGAGGCCUCAGCACCCAGGAUGGUGCAAACCCACAGGGCAGUUCGGGCUCUCUGUGACCACACUGCUGCAAGACCUGACCAGUUGAGCUUCCGGCGUGGGGAAGUGCUGCGUGUCAUCACCACAGUGGAUGAGGACUGGCUCCGCUGUGGGCGGGAUGGCGUGGAGGGUCUGGUGCCUGUGGGGUAUACCUCCCUUGUUCUGUAGCCCUGGGACCCUUUCCUGCAUAUAUGUCUCCCUCCUGUCACCUGGGGAUGGCCAGUGAACACCAUCCCAGAAGCAUUUUCCCUGUCUGCAAAAUGACAUUUUUUCCCACAUCUGUUUCUGCUAAUAUUUAAAAUAAAUGUUCCUUCUUCCCUCCUAUGCCCACCUGUAAGGUGAAAUCUGCUCUUCUUCCAAAUAUAUAAAAAGGGAAUUGCCUUCCAUGCAAUCCCUUUCCUUUUUCCCAUCUGUAUAAGGGAAUGUCUUCCUUCCUAUCUGCAAAAUGGAAAUCUAGACCUCCUACUUCAUCCAUAAGUGGACUGUGCCAGUACAAUCCAUGCCUCAGCCCCCAAGCCUAGGACCUCACUCCGUCCUGUGUAUGGAAUCUUCCCCACGCCACCUCUCCCACAUUGCCUGUAUUGAUAAUGUACUCAUGCUGUACUAGGUGCUGAAGCCUGGACACCCCUGGUGGGUGGGCCUGUGAUGAUGGUCUGCAUCCUUCCUCCUUUGUCCCAAUAAAGUAUGGGAGUUGAA